GCAAUGCGCACGGAAAAAUUGGGUCGAUGCGCGAAAGAUGGCGGACGUUGCGUGGUGCGUGUAAGAAGGCUCGUACUUUGGUUUUGUCAAAAAUAUGAAAGAACCACGGUAAGAUACAUCGACACGUGCGAAACGCGACUCGUCGUGCGGACACCGACAUAAAAACGCCGCACUCGCGGAUUCACAUCGAUUUCCUGACUCAGGCGCGACCGUGUUGACAUUUGUUUACAAUAAGCGGCAGCGGAGAAGCCGUCUCUUUUGAGGUUUUCGGUUUCUCGUCGAUUCUCGUCACGGCGCGGGUAGGUAUCGCUCUCGCGAUUCACAAGUCAAGUGGAGAACACGCAGCGGAGGGAAAAAAGAAGGAGUACGCACGCAUAUACACGCAUACACGGACACAAACAGCAAACGGAUUCGACACUGGAGAUAAAGUGUUGCCGGACUUCGGCCCGGUGAGAAGAACAGUAGAGAUGCUGAAGCAAUUGCAGAUGGGGAUGAGAGCUUUUCUCUUAAUGGCCUCCCGUGUGUGGACCUGCAUCUGCUUUCUACUCAAGAAGCAGGUUAGAGCCAUCUCACAAAUGCAACCAGUCAAAUAUGAAAUCUUCCCGCUUUCACCUUUAUCUAGGCACAGACUUAGUAUAGUUAAGAGAAAAGUAUUAGUAUUGGAUUUAGAUGAAACAUUAAUUCACUCUCAUCACGAUGGAGUAGCAAGGCCAACUGUCAGGCCUGGUACACCUCCAGAUUUUGUUCUUAAGGUGACGAUAGACAGACAUCCUGUUAGAUUUUUCGUCCAUAAAAGACCACACGUAGAUUUCUUUUUGGAUAUUGUUAGUCAGUGGUACGAGCUAGUAGUCUUUACUGCAUCCAUGGAAAUUUAUGGGGCAGCGGUUGCAGAUAAACUAGAUAACAACAGGGGCAUUUUAAGGCGCAGAUAUUAUAGACAACAUUGUACACCAGAAAUGGGUUCCUAUACCAAGGACUUAUCAGCAAUUUGUUCAGAUCUCUCUUCAGUUUUUAUUCUUGAUAACAGCCCAGGCGCUUAUAGAGCCUAUCCACACAACGCGAUACCCAUUAAAUCAUGGUUCAGCGAUGCGGGAGACACCGCUUUAUUAAGCUUACUUCCAGUCUUGGAUGCUCUUCGUUUCACGCAGGAUGUACGAUCUGUUCUUUCAAGGAAUUUACACUUACAUCAUACUUGGUAGCAUAGUUGAGAUUGAGCGAUACCCUAGAUAUUCUAGAGUUGAAACUGCUAGCAGUUUCAGUUAGCGUGUCUAGCCUAGGAUUAUUAUUGUUAUUAAUUAAUAGUAAUAUUAGGUCGCUGCCCGUAUAAUGAGAGAGAGCGAGAGAGAGAGAAAGAGAGAAAGAAAGAAAGAGUAUGUGUUUUUUUGGUCCUUGUUUUUCUAUACUCGAAUCAACAAUGGCGAGUAAAUACCGAAGGAAAUGGUAUACAGCCAAUAAUUAUGUUAGCACAAAACAUCCUAGGAUAAUCCUUUGCGUUGUACAGUCCAUAUGUGCAAAAUCAUAAAAUGAAUUUCUUUACUUUUUCUGUUAUAUAAGACCUCCUUGCCAAAGAACAAGAUACGAAAAUAAGAUACAGCCGCGCUAGCGGGCACCAGCAGGAUUUUUCGUUUUAGAUAAGGAUUAUACUUGAAGUUUUUAUUUAUAUAUUUGGAUGGCACAUCAUGUGAAGAAGAUAAAUAAUUGAAGUAAAGUACUUUUGUUAUUGUAUAUUACUAACCUAGGAUGUAUAGAAAGAGAGAGAUGUACCUAAGUCAAAUGGAUUUCGCUGUAACUCACUGUAUCAGUGAGGCAGCUAUCCUGGUUAUAUCGAAUAAAAAAAGUAUUAAUAUAAAACCAGGAAAGAGUGACAUCUGUUCUCGUCAAGACUUCCGCGAUAUGAAAUAUAUGUAUACAAUUAUGCUC